AGACACAACUAGAGUGGAAAUAUUUCUUCUAGCAACCGAAAAAGAUGAAGUGAAAGUCAACUACUUGAGAAAACAUGCCAAAUCUUUAAGAGAUAAUUUAGAUGAACAUCAAGGAGAUGAAGACGAAACUUCAAUUAUUUACAUUCGUAAAUGCUACCGCAAUUUGGCAAAGAUCGCAUUUGAUAAGAAAAUGAAAAAAGAUUGCGAAUCAGUGGUAAUCCAGUACAUUGUGAAUGCUAAGAUACCGGUUAAAGCUAAUGCAAGAACAAUUCUUUUAUGUUCACUUAGAAAGGAUCUCUAUAGAGAUUUUGACAAGUUUGGACUUUCAAUAAAAGAAAAGGUUGAAGAAUUAUUUUUGAAGUGGAAAGGAAUUCCUAGGUUCGUUUUAGAACAGGCUGAUGAUAAAGGUUAUCAAGACAUGUUUGAAAAGGCAAUUAACAAGUGUAGCAUGAAUAUUUUUAAAUAUGUUGGUGAAUCAACAGAUAUAGAUGAAAUGAGCUAUAAGCUCGUUCACAUUUAUAUGAAUUUCCCAUUCGCUGACGAAGUAAAGGACGAAUAUGAAAUAGAUUUAGAUACUAUUCCCACUAUUUCUAAUGAUAUAAUUCUAGAUCAACACGGUGAAGAACUCUAUACAAAAUCAAUCGUAAGAUUCACCUCUGACUUUGUUAAGCAAGAAGUGACCAAAACACUUGAGGAAAACAUAAGGAAUAAAUUGCGUACUGAAACAAAUUUAAGCUUAAAAGCAGAAAUCAGUAAUUUGUUAUUAGGCAUAUUAUUUGAACAGAUUGCUCAUCAGGUGCUACGUAAUGGGGUAGUUUUCAAAACACGUUCUUUAAAACUCAAUGGUUUAGAGGAAGACUUCGUUAUUAACAGACAGAAUGAAAUACUUAAGUUUUUUAAAAGUAAUAUCAGUGCGAUCGAAGAUGGAAAAUACUAUAAAUCAGUAAAACAAAAUUUUUCAACAAUUGACGCCAUCAUUACUCCCAACAAACUUUUUCAGAUAACAAUAGCAAAGAUCCACCCUAUCAAGAUGAAUGGUUUAAAAAUACUUUAUAAUAAGUUAGGGGAGAAAGAUGCAUCAGAAGAUAUCAAAUUUUAUUUUGUCGUACUAGAACACUUAUACAUAAUUAUAGAAAGUAAAGUCAACAGGAAAUCUAUAAAGCAUUCGAGUGCAAAUACGCGUUCAAUUUCAAGAGUUGAUAGACGCAAUGCGGCGAAAUUGGAGCAACAAAAGAAGAGAGAAGAGGUGCUGAAGACGAACAGAUUUUUUGAAGGAAGGCAUGGAACACCUAAAAUUGUGGCCGUGAUACCAUUAUGCCCCGAUGUAGAUUCUUAUAAUGCUAUAAAGUCUAUUUAUAGUAGUAUUGAUUUACAAGAACCGUCUAUUUUUAAAGGCAUUGCUCAUAUGAAUGCUGAAAGGUUUAAACAUACAAUUCAAUUCAUCCUUCUUGAAAGGAACUUUAUUGACAUUUUGGAUGCUUGUAAAAUCGCGGAUUAUGUAUUAUUUGUUGUAUCGGCUGAAGUAGAAGUUGAUCCAUUUGGUGAAUCAUGUUUAAAGGCUAUACAAUCUCAAGGAUUACCCACUGUUAUAACUACUACUAUGCACAUGGAAAAAAUUUCACAAAAGAAGCGUAACGAUGUUAAGAAAUCUUUACUUAGUUAUAUGAAACAUUUCUUCCCUGAUGAAGAAAAGAUUCAUUCUGCAGAUCAAAUCCAGGAUGCACUUAAUGUAUUAAGGACAAUUUGCACUCAACGUCCUAAACAAAUUUUAUGGAGAGACAUUCGUCCAUAUAUGUUGACUGAAGAGUUGAUUUAUGAGCCAAAUAAUGAUAAUUUCGGGACUCUUAAGGUUACGGGAUAUUCUAGAGGUGUACCAUUUUCAGCCAAUCGUUUAGUGCAUUUGCAAAACUUUGGUGAUUUUCAAUUGGAACAGAUCACUGUUUCUAGGAAAAUUGCCGAUGAUAAAGAUUCGGAAGAGAAUUUUCAAAUUUUGCAUAUGGCUGAUCCUAAAUUACAGGAUUCGCUUAUAUCAGAGAAUGAGCCAACUUUUAUGGAAAAUGAGCAAACAUGGCCAACUGAAGAAGAAAUGGCCGGAAUGGAAGUACAUUCAGAAUCAAUGCGAUCAGAUGAUAUGCCGGAUGCGCUUCCUGGCACUACACCAAAAAAAAUUAUGAAACAAGUCGGCAAUGAGAGUGAGGGAGAAUAUGAGGAAAUUGAGAUUGAGACAAAAACAACCAGUUUGAAUGAUCCUAUGUUGGACCCAGAGGAAGAAGCUAGACAGUUAAAAGAAUAUUUGGCCAAUCGUGAAAAACAACGUCGUGAUGAUCUUGAGUUCCCAGAUGAAGUAGAUACACCUUUAGGCAUCACAGCUCGUACUCGAUUUCAAAGAUACCGAGGCUUGCAAAGUUUUCGUACUUCACCGUGGGAUCCAAUGGAAAAUUUACCAAUUGAUUAUGCUCGUAUAUUCCAGUUUGAGAAUUAUCAAAGGACAAAACAUAGAGUUAUAAAUGAGGCUGCUGUAGGCGGAUGUGGAAUUAAGGGUGCGCGAAUAACGCUACAUUUAUCUAAUGUCCCAAAAGAAGUAGCAGAGUCAUACGACCCAUCUCGACCAUUCAAUGUAUUUGGAUUACUGGAAUAUGAGCACAAAACUUCUGUAAUGAAUUUUGUUGUCACCAGAAACAAUGACUACAAAGAACCAAUUAAAUCAAAAGACCCACUUAUUUUACAUUGUGGAUUUCGUAGAUAUUUAGUAAAUCCAAUUUAUUCACAAAACACACAAAGAGGAAAAGGAACGAAUAAUGUUCAUAAAUUUGAAAGAUUUCUUAACCCUGGAAGAACUUGUAUUGCUUCUAUUUAUGGACCGGUGCAAUUUGGUCAUUUACCUAUGAUGCUUUUUAAAGAUACCGGAGAUAUUAAUGCUCCAAUACUUGUGGCUACAGGAAGCUUUUUGAAUUCAGAUCCAAAGAGAAUAAAUGCUAAACGUAUUAUUCUUACAGGACAUCCGUACAAAAUUCAUAAAAAAUCUGCGGUUAUUCGAUACAUGUUUUUCAAUCCUGAGGAUGUAUUAUGGUUUAAGCCUGUACAAUUAACAACCAAAUAUGGACGUACCGGACAUAUUAAAGAAAGUUUGGGUACACAUGGAUAUAUGAAAUGUGUAUUUGAUUCACCUAUCACACAACAGGACACUGUGAUGAUGAAUUUAUACAAACGGGUAUUUCCCAAAUGGAACACAACUACGCUAUGGAAAGGAGGAUUAGAUGGAACGAUUGUGAAAUCAACGUCGAUCGUUAAUGAUAAGAAUGCGAAGAUUGACGAUUUUGAAAUGGAGAUGUGA